AUGGAGCGCCUUACCCAGCAUACUGAAUGGAUCACGUAUUUUAAUAAUCGAAUUGAAAAUAGUCAACUUCACGAGAAACUCGAAGUAACACAGCUGAAUGUAAAUAAUUUACAAACCAAAAUUUCCGAGUUACAGAAUAGAGUAGGAAAUUUAGACUCUGAACUUUCGGCGAAAACCUGGAACGUUGAACGACUACAAGGUGAAUUGAGUGCAGCGCACAAGGACGAUGAGUUCGUACGUAAGAAACUUAAACUUUUGGAAGAUGAAAAAGUGGGACUACGGCAGAAAUUCGAUGAACGUGAAGAUCAAUAUCAGUAUCGCAUUAGAGAGCUUGAAGAAAAACAUACGGAACUUAUGGAGAAAUUCAAACAGACCAAGACUUUGGCUAGUAACCUACAAACACAAUUCGCUGCAGCACAAAGUGAUGCAGAAGAAUGGCGUCAAGAAGUGAUCAAAAUACGUGCCGAACUUGAAGAACAAAUAUCGGCAUUAAACAAUGCUUUGAAAAUCUCUAGAAAUGAAAGAAGAAUAUGUGAAGAUCGAUGGCAAACUGAAUUUGAAAUAAUGCGAACACAAAACAGAGAUAGAGAAGAAACUUUAAUGGAAGACUGUGAAUGGAAAAUUCGUCAAACUCAGGGAACAUGUAAGGAAAAAUUGGAGAAAUCCGAAAGUGCACGUCGCGAAGCUCUACAAAAAGUAGAAGAGUUGGAGAAUGAUUUAGCUGCACGAGAUGAGCAGUUGGAAACUUUAAAAACCUUCGAAGCAGAAGUACGUUCCUUGCGUGGAGUUGUUGGAGAACAAGAACAAUCCAUACAGGCUCUCAUUACUCAACUUGAAAGAUUAACAACUGAAUUAACCGAAACAAAAGAGAAUCUUAAAGAAGAAAUACACGCUAGGUCUCAACUUAAAUAUCAAUGUGAUAAUACCAUUCGAGACAAAGAGCGUCAACUUAAUUAUCGUAUUGAUGAAAUUCGCCAUGAAGCUGCCUCUUUCUGGGAGACGAAACUACACACAGAGAUGACAAGACUGAAAAAUGAACUCGAAUCUGUUUAUGCAGACGAUCGCCGUGAAGCCUUGGAUAAAAUUCAAGAAGAACAUGUUGAAGAAUUGCGAGCGCUAACAACGCGAUACACAGCAAUAGAAGAAGAACUUCGAGCCGAGUUGGCGGAAACAGAAGCAACACUGGAGCGCAAAAAGGAAGAAUAUCUGGAAUUAAGGGAUAGGUCGGAUAAUGCGCUGCUUCAAACACGUAUGCAUUUGGAUCGGGCUGAUCGUGAAUAUCAAAAUGCCAUGUGUCGUGAGGAGGAAAGACGCGAGACACUAGAAGCAACCUUGCGCAAAGAAUUUGAAGAGAAGAAACAAGAAAUGGAGGAGGAUUUUCUUGAGCGCUUGAAGCAAGUGCAAGAAGAGUUUUCAGUGGAGUUACAAUACACAAAACAAGAGUUAACCGAUUUACACCAAGGAGAGCUAAUUAAAGAAAAGGCAAAAUUGAAAGCUGAAAAAGAUGAAGCUUUGCUGGAGUUGGCUGAUCGCCAUAAGAAAAAAUUAUUAGCAGCAGAUGAACGCCUAAGAGGGGUAGAGACACAACAUCAGACCGAUCUGAAAGAACUCAAGGCCAGCUAUGACGACGAUAAGGCGGCGAUGGACAAACGCGAUUUGAGCAAUGCCAGCGAAAUCGAACAACUUCAUCGCAAGUGUCGUUGCCUGACGAAUUUAUUCGAUGAAAUGCGCAUGCGUUACGAGCGUCGCGAUCCACGUCCGGAAGACUUACGGGAAAUCGAAGAAUUACGCGCGAAAAACGAAUCGAACGAGCGUGACAUUUACGAGUUGACAGUUCGUUUACGCGAAGUUCAAAUGGAAAACGAUGAUUACAAGAAGAAAGUCGGCAAGCAGAUCAAGAAACCACCACCCAAAACAAUACCGACCAGUUGCGAUGUUAUUUACGAAGAAGAAGAACGCGACUCACCACCACCACCAGAAACAGUUGCACCAUUGACUAACGGUGACUUGGAAGGCCUUCCCGAUUUGAUCGAUAUCGAUGAAAACGAUGUGCAGCAGGCCUUCAAUAAUAAGAAGAAAACAGAUAACUCUGACGUCGUCAAUGAGGAUGAUAGUCAGAUGAUAACUGCAGUUUAAAAGUUUGCUUUUCAUUCAACUCAUAGCCACCAUCUAUCAACAAAAUUCUUUGGACCUUGUCGGUUCAACUUAUGAAAUUAUCUAGUCAUUAUAAUUGUGGCAAAUUCGUUGUAAAUUUUUUUUUAAAUUUCCUAUUGUUAAUAAUUUUAAAAUAAUUUAAAAAAUUUUUUUAAGCGCUCUCGACACAAUACUCAUCAAUUUUGUAAUAUACUAAUUUUUAUAAGUAUUUAGCAUAUGCUACAGAUUAUUAUACAUUUUGACAUAUUUUCGCAAAUAUUUCGGAAAAAUCUAUAUUUGGUACAUAAAUAUUUAUAUGUGGGUUCAUAUUUUCUGAUAUGCCAGUGAUAAAUUAAGAAGUAAAAU